AUGUUGAAUUGGCAGAGAGGAUAUCAACUACUAUUGAAGCUAAGCUUCCCUGCUCAUCUAGUUAUUUCGGCUUUCUUGCGACUAACACUUAUUUGCUAUGCCCAAAUACACGAUGCCAAAUCAACAGUGCCAUAUACCGAUAUUGAUUACAAAGUUGUCACCGAUGGCGCUCGAUUUAUUUUGGACGGCGGAACACCAUUUGCAAGACACACUUAUCGCUACAGCCCUAUUAUGGCCUACAUUCAAAUACCUAACAUUAUGCUGCAUCCCGCCUUUGGAAAAUUGAUUUACUCGCUUUGUGACUUGCUGGUUGGCCAACUCAUAUAUGCCCUCGUCCGUUUAGAAGCAGGAGAGGCAACUACUAUCAAAAAGAAGGCCAUAAUCUCGGCCUGCUGUUGGCUCUACAAUCCACUAACGGCUGUGAUCUCGACUCGUGGUAGCGGUGAUAGCUUUACUAGCCUUUUGGUUAUCUCUUGCAUAUAUCUACUUGUCAAGACAAAGGAUCAACCAUCGAACUACUUUGCUGUCUUCUGUGCUGGUCUCGCCCAUGGAUUCGUGAUACACUUACGACUUUAUCCCAUUUUUUUUAGUCUGGCCUACUAUUUAUGCCUGUCCGGGGGCCCAAUACGAAAUUCAAUUGAACUGAUCCAGCGAAUUGUUGUGCCAAAUAAGCAGCAGAUCUGUUUGGUUUUAGGUACGCUUAUUGGAUUCACCGUCUUCACUUUAACCUUCUAUAAGAUAUAUGGUUGGCAGUACUUGCAUGAAUCCUACUUCUAUCACUUUGUACGCAAAGAUGUGCGUCACAAUUUUUCAUUAUACUUCCUGAUGCAAUAUCUGAACAACUCCGAUGCAGUUGAGGAAUCCACAUUAUUCAUCAAAUUUCUUAUUAUGGGCCCUCAACUAUUACUAGUAGUUUAUCUAAGCGUAAGUUUUGCCCAACUACGGCAGACUUUACCAUUUUGUGUCUUUAGUCUGGCCUUUGUAAUCGUGACCUACAAUUCUGUGGUCACCUCCCAGUACUUUGUGUGGUAUUUAGCGGUCCUACCACUGUGCUUGACAAAGUUUCAGUUGAUGUCUUGCAGUCGUUGUGUAUUUUUGUUGGUGCUUUGGAUCUGCGGCCAAGCUCUAUGGCUUUUGCCCGCCUAUUUGCUGGAGUUCAAAACUUGGCAUACAUUUAAUUGGAUUGGACUACAGGGUGCUGUAUUUUUCAUUAUAAAUAAUUAUAUUUUAACCCAGCUAAUAACUAACUACGAUUGCAAGAGCAUUGAAAUUACCAAUAAGAAACGUUUGUAAGAAUAUUAAAAAACAAAUCAAU